UUAAUUAGCCAGUCGAUGUGUUUGCAUUUCUACAACAUAUACAUCCAUGGAGCUCACCGCUCACACUCUCCUCCUUCCUCUGGUGCUUGCAGCGCUCCUCCACACCACCACCGCCACUGUUGACGAUGCCACACCAGGCCUCAACGGCGGCUUUAGCCUGCGCAUGGUUCCCAGCCCUGGUUGGAACAGUACCAUCCAUGUCGACGACGACGGAUUCCUUCACCUGAAGGAGCCAGUUGGGCACGACACCACCGCGCUUCGACCGCAUGUACGCUUUCUCCCACGGAAGUACAACGUUGUCACCACUGUUGGGACGGACCAUGGCCGCCGCACGUACACCCUCGCGAUGGAGAUGACCAGCAGCCUGACGUGGAUGCAGUGCGCGCCGAUCCAACACCCGUUUCAGCAAGUGCCGCCGCCCUUCCACCCGCGGACAUCGCCGUCAUUCCGCCACCUCGCACCCACAAACCGCCUUUGCUCGCCCCCGGGGCACAAUGUGUGCAGGUUCCACGUCACCCCCAUCCACGUUGGUGGCGUACAUGCGAGCGGUGUGCUCGGUGAUGAGACCCUAUCCUUCACGGGAUCUGCGCCGACGGUCUUUCCCACCGUCAUCAUUGGCUGCGUGCACAGCAGCACGGGUUUCAUCAGCCACGGAGUGCUCGCCUGUGUCCUUGGCCUGGGUAAGACGUACCCGUCGCUCGUCCCGGUGUUACUCCAACGUCACGGCUUGCAUCGCUUCUCCUACUGCCUCUUCGUGCCCAGGUCGGCGAACCGGCACGGCUUCCUCCGGUUCGGCAACGACAUCCCGGUCAACACGAGGCGCAUGAAGAGCACCAGGAUCCUCUACCCCGAGGAUAGCUCCUACUUUGUCAACCUCAACGGCAUCAGCAUUGCAGAGACACGGCUGGGCGGCAACCUGGCGGAGGUGUUCAGGCGCCGACAGCUCGCCGAUGGCAAGUGGCACAGCGGGACUGUGAUCGACGUCGGGACGACUCGGAGUGUGAUGAUCGAAGCUGCAUACAGUGUCCUGGAGCAGACCAUGGCGGAGCACGGCAGGAGGCUCGGUUUCCCGGUGCGCCGCACCAGCUCCGGCCUCUGCUUCCGCGUGACACACUCCCACUUCUCGCAGUUGCCCACGGUGACGCUGCACUUUGAGCAGGACCUCGUGCUCACCCCAAAUAAGUUAUUUGUAGUGCGGGAGUCACCGAGCCAGGACAUUUGCCUCGCCGUGUCACCGAGCCAGGACAUCACCAUCAUCGGGGCAAUGCAGCAAGUGGGCACGCGCUUCGUGUACGACCUCGCCGCCAGCAGGGUCUACUUCGCCCCCGAGAACUGCAAUGACGACACCGACAAGCAUGAUUGAUAUCCUGUUUUUUAGCAAACAAUCCAAUUUGACGUGGUCAACUGUCUGUUUUUGAAAUAGAAGGAAAAAUAAACUAU